GGACGAUGUUUAGACAUUUCUGUAGCCCUUGCAAUAAGCAUAGCUGGGUGCACGUAGCUGACAGGAACUGAGUGAGUAUGAAUGCUUCGAGCCUGUUUUCGCUUGGUCAUUUGUUUCCUGCUCUUUCUGUGGGGCAUCCCAGUGAAUGCGGAGGAGAUCCAGGAAGAUGGAAAACUUGCAGACCAGCGAGGCAUGCUUCUGACGGAAGUGGGUUUGCUUCGUCAAGUUGUCUUCGAAAGCUUGCUUUCUUCUGACCUUGAGCGCCAAAGCGGACUACGCAGAUCUGUGUUGGAAGAUGUAGCGGAUGGGAACACUUGGUCAGCGAUCUUCCAGCUUGGUCGCGAGCUGAACGUGCAGCUGUUCCAGUUCGCAAAGUCUGUUGCCGUUCGAGACCUUGGCAUUCUUCGAGCUCUUGGAGAUAUCGGUACUUUUGAGCUUGUGGCAGCAUUGGAAGCCGCAGGCAUCCAUACUGAAAAUCGAUCUACUCCUCAGCAGUCACGAGCCAAAUGGUUAGCAAGCGCUGCCAAAGAUGUGCGCUGGCUGAAGCAUCUUCUACCGAGGGGGGACCGCAGCCUGAUUGCGGUUGCACAUGCUGUUCUGUCUUGGGUCAUGUUCUCCAGUCUAGGUCCUGAUUCUGAUGGAUACAUUCGAAUAGAAAGCAUGUCCUCCAUGACUCAAGCAUGGUGGCUGGCUGAGCAAGCUGCAGCUGCAACUGUUCAAAGGGUUUGCGAAGUAGGUUUCAAUGGAGGCCAUUCUGCUUUGGCCAUGCUUUUGAGCGCUCCAGCUUCGGCAAAGCUCGUUUCGUUUGACCUGAUGUCAAAGUCUUACACGCCAGCAUGUCACCGCCUCGUUCGCACAAUUUUCCCACGCCAGCAUAUCCUGAUUGAGGGGCCAUCAAAUGUCACAAUACCUCAGUUUGUAUUUGCAAACUUGGACAGCAAAUGCGAUCUGAUUUUUGUAGAUGGUGGCCAUGCUGAAACAGAAGCUCUGGCAGACUUGCUCUACAUGUCCAUGUUGGCAACACAAAGAACCUUAAUUGUGAUGGAUGAUGUUGGCUGUAAAUCACAAUUUUGCGCUGGCCCAACAAAGGCAUGGAACUCCUUCAUAAUGUCAGGGCGCAUUUCAGAGCAUGCAUGCCAGGCAGAAGCAGAGCGGCGAUGGUGCUGGGGCACUUACCAACUUUGAGCGUGAAAGAAUGCAUUGCUUUGCGAUCACAGAACCAAAGGCUGUGGUGCCGGUACGCGGUUCCGAUGCUAUCUCAACAUGUUUGCGGACAUCAUGGAUUUUCUAUCGAAUUGAGCAUUUAAAUCUUAACAAUGUUAUAUAUAUAAAUAUUUGUUUCGCU